AUGGCCUACUCAUCCCCCUACCCCGGAUCUCCUCCCGACGAGUACUACUACGCCCGGGAGCGAUACCAGUCGGCAACGCCAACUCCAUCCCCUCGGGGGUCCUCCAGCUAUUACUACCCGCCCGGCUCAACCCCGCAGCGUCCGGCAACCCGCUCCCACUUCCGUACCAGCAGCAGUGGCUUCAGCGAGUACAGUCCCCGUCCGCCGACGGCGUCGCCUCGAUACACGAGCGAUGGCUACUAUGCCACGGCAAAUGUGAGUAGUGGUCAUCAUUCGCGCAAGCAUUCAUGGGCCACUCCGUCGCACCCACCGCGCGAGCGCCGAUCUUCUUUUGUCUAUGUACGGGCCGCGACGCCCCACGGAGAAUCCGACGAUGAGAUUAUCGAAGUGGAUGGCCGUACUUAUCUGGUGCCGGGCAAGUCGUCACGGGCGAGGAGCAAGAGGCAUUCUGUUCAGGAGACUUUUUACUAUGAGGAUGGUCGAGGAUAUCCCACUGAUUACCGUUCCCAUGCACAGAGCGGUUUUGCCUACAUUGAGCGCGACAUCCCAGCGUAUGAGCCUCGCCCCUCCCGUACCCCUGCCAACGGCCACUCUCGCCGUUCCUCGACUUCGGUUCCCCAGAGGCCCUCCACCGUUCGCCCCGGCAGCAGUUCUCAGGCAUCUAAGAAGGCUCAGCCUCAGACUGAGACCAAGAAGCCCACGCCACCCCCAGUGGCUCGCGCGGCCACUGAACAAGACGCCAAGAGGCACAAGAUCCCCUCGGGAUACUCACUCAAGAACUGGGAUCCCACCGAAGAGCCCAUUCUUCUCCUCGGUAGCGUCUUCGACUCCAACUCCUUGGGCAAGUGGAUUUACGACUGGACUGUCUACCACCAUGGCCCUGCCACUCCCAUUUCUGACAUGGCAGGUGAGCUCUGGUUGCUAUUGAUCCAGUUGGCCGGCAAGAUCAAGCGCGGAGAGGAGACUAUCGAACGCGUGCGCAGCACCGAGAAGAAGGAAAUCCUUGAUGACUUCAUCGAUGCUGGUGAGCGCCUGACUGAUAAGCUCCGCAAGCUUCUCAAGACUUGCGAGGCUCCCAUGCUCAAGGCCAGCAAGAAGUCCUCUUCCCUCGGCAAGAACGCCGGUGUCCAGUUCGUCGAGACUCUGUUCGGCAUCGAACGCGAGUUGGACAAGACUGAGCGAUUCAUGCAGGGUGUUCGCCUCUUCAUCCUCCGAUUCGACGCCAACUGUGAUGACAUCCUCAAGAACCCUGAGAAGUAA